AAUUGCAGCCGAGAAAGAAAACCAUCUCCCAAGUGCUGGUGCUAGUGUGCUUUAAUCUUGAUACGCAUUGUUUGUUUAUAUUUGAUCUUGUGCAUUUUAUUAGGUUUUCUUUGCAGAAGUCGUAAUUUAGAAAUAAAAGCAAAAGUACGAUCGCUUUAUUGUAUUUUGUUUUUACUUUUCUGUAGUUAGCGGUUAUGGCAAAUGCUGAGUAUGAUGAAAAUACUAAGUACCGGGUACUGAUCCUAGGAGGUUGUGGUUUCAUUGGAAGACAUUUGGUUGACUAUUUAAUUUCAAACAAUUUAGUUUCUAAGAUACGAGUUGUGGAUAAAGUACCCCCACAGAUUGCAUGGUUAAACAAACGUCACCAGGAGGUAUUUGCUAAUCCUUUAGUAGAAUUCAAAAGUGCUAAUUUAAUCAACUCUGCAUCAUGCCAGAAUGCUUUUGCUGAUGAUGAAGGACCAUAUGAUUUUGUUGUUAAUCUAGCUGCAGAAACUAAAAUGGGCCAAAGUGAUCCAGUUUAUAGAGAAGGGAUUGUAAAAUUGAGUAUUAACUGUGCCAAAGAAGCUGCAAAACAAAAAGUGAAACGCUUUAUAGAAUUAUCAUCUGGCCAUGUUCAUUCUAGUGAAAAGACUCCAAUUAAAGAAACUGCAAAACCUGAUCCUUGGACUGUCAUGGCAAGGUUCAAAUUGCAUGUGGAGGAAGAAAUCUCAACUGUUCCUGAUUUAAGUUAUGUUAUUCUUCGCCCAGCUAUUGUUUACGGUGUGGGUGAUAAGAGUGGUAUUGUUCCUCGUUUGGUUGUUGGUGCUGUGUAUAAACAUUUAGGAGAAAUGAUGAAGUUACUCUGGCAUAAAGAUAUUAAAAUGCACACAGUUCAUGUUCUUGAUUUAUGCAGAGCCAUUUGGCAUGCAUGCUUACAUGGGAAAAAUGGUGAAAUAUACCAUAUAGUUGAUAAAGGCAACACUACUCAAGGCAAAAUUAGUGACAUUGUGUCUGAUAUUUUCAACAUCAAUCAUGAUUAUUUUGGGACUCCACUGUCAAGUUUUGCUAAGUUGGACAUGACAAAUCUUGUGGAAGAAAUCAAUGACAAACAUUUAGGACCUUGGGCUGAAGCCUGUUCUAAAGAUGGUAUUGAAAAUACUCCUUUGAAUCCAUAUUUGCAUCAGGAGCUGUUGUGUGAUAAACAUUUGAAUUUGGAUGGAAGCAAAUUUGAAGGAACAGGAUUUUCAUACUUAGUGCCAAGCAUAACAAAAGAAAAAGUUCAAGAAAUUCUCAAUGAUUACAUAGCAAUGAAUAUUUUCCCCCGAUCUUUGGUGAUGUAGUUAAUGAUACUAACUAAUUCUCAUAAUGUGUGUUUCAGUAAUGCCAGUAUUGCACAUGGUAUAAAAAGUAUUAUAUUAAAAAUCAAAAGCUCAUUUUUCUGCUGUUCAGUAAAAUCAUUUAUUUGACUUAUUUUAAAUAUUAAUGCACAAUUGUUAAUCAGAUUUAAAUGAGACUUCAUAAACUAUUACCGAAAUUUCAGCUUAUUUAUUUUACUACCAUUUUAUUAAAUUCUGGUUGUAUUAAAAAAUAUAUACUUUCUUUAUUGUUUGAAACUCUUUGAUAUUUGACUAAAAUGCAGACACUGAACUUAAAGCUAGCGCACAUCUUUACUUGCAUAAAAACAUUUUUAUACAUUUAUUACAGUUUUGAUAAUAUAUGUUUAUUUGUUUUCCAGAUUUGCUUUAAAUUUUAUGUAAUAUGAUGUGUAUAGUUAUUAAAAAAUACUGUUUCAAUAUUAUUUUUAAAAAUUUGAUGUAUAUUAAAUAAGGGGCCAUGAUUUUUACUUAAUGUUGAUCCACUACAUUUUGUGUGUAUAAAUUAUUAUGUGAAUUGAAUUACCCGGUACAUGUUUCAAUUGUUUUGUAACUCCAAUCUAUAUUAUCAAUGUGUUAUUUUCUUUUAAUUUUAUGUUGUAUGGUUUUACAUUUGAUGUAAUAUUUAUAGCUCAUUUAUUUUUACUAUUAGAAAAUCAUUUUAACGAAAUUCCAUCAUUUUGAUCUGUAUGGGAAAAAAAUUCAGUACUUUUGUUUUUGUUUCCAUUUUAUUUUCAAAAAUCUCUGUUGCUUUAUACAAAAAAAGAAAAUCUCUUUUUAAUAGUACUAUUUAGUUUUGUUUUUAAUUAUUACUUGAAUUUCAAAAACAAGAAAUUGCUUUUCUUUGCUAGUUAGUUUGUUUAAUAUUUAUUUUAUUGAUAAAAUAUUAUUAAAUUAUUUUUUUAUAAUAAUAUUGCUCAAAAAAUACAAUUAGUGCCACUUAUUGGGACCAUUAUGUAAAAUUGUUUUUGAAAAUUUUUACGUUGACUUAAAAACUUCAUAAUGAUUAGAUUUCAUGUAGAAUAGAGCUUAAGUCUGGCGUUUUUAAAAACAUACUUUAGAUUUCAGAUGUAAUAAGUUAUUAAUAUGAUAUUAUUAUUUUUAAUUUUAAAAGAAAUAUGUUUAUAAAAUUUUGAUUUUUGUAUAAAAGCUUAGAAACACAUAAUUGGUCUUUUAUAUUUCACCAUUUUGUGCUCUUUUUUUUAAUAAUUUAAAUGGAUAGCACAAUCAAUUAGAUAAACAAUUAGAUAAAUAUAAUACAUGCUCUAUAUUUUUAAUACAUAUUCUUUCUUGUGGGGAAAAAAAAACAGAAAGCUGUUAUUGUUUUUAUAUUAUUUGAUUUAGGGGAAUUAAAACUUUUUCUUUCCUUUCAAAAACAUGGAUCUGUUACUGCUAAUUAUUAAACAUUCUUUAUUUAUUUACCAAUGCUCAUCCUAUUUACAGUUUUAAUGGAAUAAAUAUUAUGAGCAUAUUUUGCAUAGUCAGAUCUUGCUUUGACCAAAAUUGAGUUUAUUUUAUUUUAAUACAAUGUAUCAGUUGAUUUAUUGACCAUGCACUAUAUCAUCAUUUAUCUGAUACUUAAAAAACAUAUUUUUUUGCUUCUAUACAUUUGAUAUUUUCAUAUUUAAUUAAUUGAAUAUAUGCUUCUCAGGUUAAUGUAUAUGCCUAUUUUUGAAAAUUAUGUGGGAAUCUUUCCUCAAAGAAGCUUUUUAGCACAAUCUUUGAAAAUUUUGCAUUUAAAAUAUAAAAGCCUUUUGUAUUUUGAAGGCUUUAUAUUGACUCAAACUUUAGUAAGAGCUUUUUGGUAUUUUUCUAAUCAGAUAUAUGUUAUGCAAGUACAAUAUUAUAGUUCAGACAAGUGUUAUAAGAUAAUAAGUGCUAUUAAGAUGUUUAAAUUACAAAUAACACUUAUAAAAAUAGCAAAAUAUUUAAAAGUUAAAAUGUAUAACAUUUUUAUUAUUCUCUCUCGACUUCCAGGUUAAAAAAUUCAUCAGCAAAAUGUAGGUGAUAUAGUUGCCGUACUGCUGUGGCAUAUGUUCUGCUGUUCUAUAUCGAUUUUAAAUGGAUUUUUAUGGGGAAAUGUGCCAAAAAUUCUUUAAAUUUUGAAUUGAAAUAAUUCCCAUAUGAAACUUUUAUUGUGUUAAGUUUUUAUUAAAUUUUCUCUCCAUUAUUCAUUUAUAUUGUAUGUAAAGUUUUUGUUACACUUUUGUUUUGUUUUUAAUUUACUAGAUUUGUGUUAAUGAUUGAAUUUUCUUGGUAUUGUAAAUUUUCAAUUGAUAUAAUGUUUCAUUGAUUCUUUAUACCGGUAUAUUUAUUUCCACUGGAGCAUUUUACAAUUCAGUGGUGGGAUAUUCAAUGCCCGUCUAUCUGACACUUAUUUUGUAUGUGAAAAAUUAUUUUUUGUAUUUUUUCCCCUUUUCCUUGGACUUAAAAAAAAGAAUAGAACGAAUUCCCUAGCUUAUCAACUGCAUUGCUGCUAAAGAAUUAGCUCCGAGAGUGAGGGACCACAGUUGCCUACAUACAUUUUUUAUGCAAAUUUAUUGUAAUCAAAUCUCAUGUAAGAAUUAAAAUUUUCCUCAGGAAUGAGUCUCAUUAAAAGCAUUAUGAAAGCAG